UUGCUCCCAUUGCAAAACGACCGUCGGUGGUCUAUCUUGGGUUAGUUAUAAAACAUUUAGAAAAGCACAGGAAGAACGCAUCUUUGGCAUUAGUCAAAACAGCAACAAAAAAGACUUAGAAAUCCUCUGGAUAUGAGCACUAUUUACAUCCAUCCACACACCAACUGAACCGUACCACUCGGAAGGAGAUUACAAUCACAUAGGAUGGAUCCUCAUUUAAAAACAUGACGGCUCCACUCCAUUACAUACUUCACAUCCAGUAGAUGGCGGUGACGCGUAAUUAUUCCAGUUUGCCAGCUGUUUGGAGAGUGGAGUAAGAAUUCAAGUAGCAAACGGCAAGAGAAACAUGGCAGAGAAAGUGAGUGGUGAAACAUUGGAAGACAGGUCGGACUCCGCGGUGCCUCCUGGCGCUGCUGCGGUGUCGCAAGACCUUCGAAGUGUUCUGGUCACCAGCGUUCUGAACCUAGAGAAGCUGGAGAUAGAUCUGUACAGAGGGACUCACCACUGGGUGCCCCGUACCCGUCGUCUGUUUGGGGGUCAGAUCAUUGGCCAGGCCCUGGUGGCUGCAGCAGAGUCCGUCGGGGAAAACGUUUUGGCUCACUCUCUCCACUGCUACUUUGUACGGGCAGGAGACCCCAAGGUGCCAGUGCUGUACCAGGUGGAGAGGACCAGGGACGGUCGUAGUUUCUGCGUGCGGUCAGUGAAGGCCAUCCAACACGGUCAACCCAUCCUCAUCUGCCAGGCCUCCUUCCACAGUAACCAGCCCUCUCCUCUGCAGCACCAGUUCACCAUGCCCUCUGUCCCCCCUCCUGAAGACCUGCUGACGGUGGAGGAACUCAUACAGCUAUACCUCAGUAAGCCAGACUUGGCUGAGAAAGCCAAACGGGGCCUGAACAAGCUGCUAGCUGACGAGGUUCCCAUAGAGAUUAAACCUGUCAAUCCUCCAGACUUCUACCGCGGCGUUGCCAUGGAACCCAAGAAGCUGUACUGGGUGCGCGCUAGAGGCCACAUCGGUAAAGGUGAUAUGAAGCUCCACUGCUGUGUGGCAGCUUAUGUGUCAGACUAUUCGUUCCUGGACACUGCUCUCCUGCCCUUCCCUGGGCAGCGGGCCACUUUCUCAGCCUCUCUGGAUCACGCCAUGUGGUUCCACAACACCUUCAGGGCAGACCAAUGGAUGCUCUACGAGACUGAGAGCUCUUGGGCUGGGGGCAGCAGAGGGCUGGUCCAGGGACGUCUGUGGAGGAGAGACGGAGUGCUGGCUGCCAGCUGUGCCCAGGAGGGGGUACUGAGGGUCAAGGCCGUGACUAACGAGAGCAAGCUAUAACC